UCGCAUCGGCUUUUUCGGUGAUUUUAACCGAGCAGGUGUGAUGUUGAGCAGAAGAGCUCAGUGUAGUUACUGUGAAUCAGAGCAGGAGCGCGUCAUGGGACGCCAGUGCGCCAAAGAAGCGACGUUGGAUAUGUGCGUCUGACUUUACGGACACUUUUUACGCAGUUCCUCGUGUGUUCAGACUUCCAGAUCGGAACUGCCUGAAUUCUUGGACUCUUCAAAGUGUUCUUUGUGGACGAUCUUUUUAACAGUAGACAUGAAUACUACAUUUAACCAAACGGACAGUGGAAUCUUCUCCAACCGGACUGAGGAAAUCCUCCUGUGUUGUAACUUCUCGUCGGUGGUGACGGAUAACGGCUUCACGGCGGCCGCUCCGGAUGAAAGAAGCCUCUUCAUCAUGAGAAUAGUUCAGAUAGCGGUGAUGUGUGUCCUCUCCCUCACCGUAGUCUUCGGGAUAUUUUUCCUGGGCUGUAACUUGCUCAUCAAGUCGGAAGGGAUGAUAAACUUUUUGGUAACGGACCGGAGACCAUCCAAAGAGGUAGAAGCGGUCAUCGUGGGUGCGUACUAGACAUGAUGAGGAUUACCAUGACAUUAAGUUUGUGGACCACCUGAUGGACAUGUGUUUCUAUGGCCUCUUUACAAACCAGGACACAGUGUUAUUUGGCCGGCUAAAAACUAUUAUGUGGAGAUAAACUGAACGCACUGUCUCCAUUUUACGCACACGCCUUUCCACUGUUACAUUCAAGCGCUUCAUUUAGGAGGUGAACCACCCAGAUCUCAAAUCAGAUACAGGCAUGGAGUCUUACAUUUGUCAUUGAAAAUAUGUAGGCCUAUAUGUGCAAACGCAGAGGAGUUGUGGCACAUAUUGAUUGUUUUGUAAUGGUUUUGGACCUCCUUUCUGUAAAACACCUUGUAAGCACUGCACGCACUAAUUAUUUGUUGUUUAGCAAGAUUAAAGCAUCAUGUUUAAUACAAUAAAUUCGUAUUUCGAAUAAAA